AUGCAAACCGAUCGUCUUAGUCUGUACGUCGAAAAUGUCUCGGUUCAGUCAUCAACGUCGCAGGAGUGGCCAGAGGAUCAGCUGCCUCUACCUCCACUAGGUGUCACCAAGGUCAUGAGACCAGGGUCUGUUGCUGCACAGAUAUCAAUUCUUAUCUACAACCCCGAAGAGCCUCUUGUGAACGAGUUCAAGGCAGACGCCUCUCAGUUCUCUCAAAANUAUCCUGACCACGGCUGGACUCGCUUCACGAGCUUGCCAUGGUAUCAAAUCCAUCGUCGCUCUUAUGCUCAGCGACAGCCUCUCCUCCGCAAUGACACUCUAGCCAUCAAGGCAUUCAUCCGUGUGAUUGAUGAUCCUACUGGCUGCUUGUGGGCUCCCAAAGACUUGCCAAAGUUGGCCUUGACUGCUUUACAUCCAUUUUCCGACGACUGGCGCGAGUCUGCAAUCUUUCCCGUGUUGGCCUUGUGGCUACAUUUACGUCCUUUUCGUGAGGUGCUGUACAAGCUCGGAACCAUCGAUUUGUUCACCAACAAGGGUAACAGCAUAGUCACUGAGCUUCAGUGGAUCCUGUCGCGUAUGCGAUACAGAGUCGAUUACAAGAAAGGUCUCACCCCUUGUAACGGCAACUUCAUCAAUGACCUCCUAUUGAAAAGAGGUCCCCAAAGGCGCAUCCAUGCUAUGGACGCCAUGCAGAUCAUGGAUACAAUUCUCACUGAUAUGAGAGCUGGACUCGAAGAACACAAAGACGCUCUCGAGAGCCUAACCAAUCUGUUCGGGACGAAUUCUUUCUCUGGCACUCGGCUGACUAGACGAUCAAUUGUCGGCAAGACUUCGAUGCAAGAAAUCGUUGACGAAGGUCUACCUGAAGUGCUUCUCAAGAGCGAAAUCCUCACUCUUGAGCUCGAGCGUCAGAUCUUUGAUUCGGAAAAACGAAUUUGGAAGAAGCGUCUUGACAAAGUGCGUCUGAACGAUCAGAUCACAGUUGCGGACGGCUCUACAUACACGCUAUAUGGUUUUGUCGCGCAUGAAGGGUAUCUGCGCAACGGCGAAUACACAAGCCAUUUCCGCCCUGGUGGGAUCGGCGGUCUAUGGUAUACAUACGCGCGCAACAAGGACCCUGUAUGCCAAACCAGAGCACAGGCUGUUGCAUCAAGAGAAGGUGUGUUGGCUACCUCGACAGACUCCCCUUUAGCUAUCGAGGAGCCAGCCAUAUCUUCUGACUGCUCUAUCGACUACAUCCAUCCUCAAGAUCAGGCUGAUGGGGUAGCCUAUGUGGUCAUCUACGUGCGCAAUCCCGAUACUCUUGAUCUUGCUGCGAAGGAGCCUUGGGAUCUACCACAGUGGAUCAUCAACUUGUAUACUCCAGAGCUUGGAACGGGUGACGCUGACAGCGCAAACGAGAGUGUCAUGUAUGAGGACACAACAUCAGACGACGAAGACGAGGAAAUGAACGACCCACCCACUUCCCACACCCUCGCAUCACAGUCACCAUCCGAUGCUCUGGAGGAAGUCACGAUAAACUACCUCUCAAGCCCAUUUUACGAAGGGCAUGUCAAUAAACGCUGCGAACAUCACGGCUAUGGUCACCUGAUAUACCUCAACGGUGACGAAUACUUUGGCAACUUUAGCGAAUCUCAGCGCUCUGGAUAUGGCAAGAUGCUCUAUGCAAACCGCGACACUUACGACGGCCAAUGGGCGCAAGACCAGCCACAUGGCGAGGGUACCUACACGUACCAUCGUACUGGCAACGUCUACACUGGCAACUGGCAAGAAGGCAAGAGGUUCGGCACGGGGACUAUGCACUACAAAGUCAGUGAAGAGGAGGCCAAGCUGUGUAGAAUCUGCUAUGGGCAGGAGGCAGAUGCAGGAUUCUACAACUGCGGACACGUGUGUGCUUGCGUUGAGUGUGCAAGACGAUUGGAGGAUUGUCCUGUCUGCAGGCGCAGGAUCAAGGAUGUGGUCAAGCUGUUCUACUCGACUUGA